AGUCAAGACAAGGUUGGGAUCAGUCCUCUCCAGCACUCGGACCUCAACGUACACAGGAUCCCGGAGCACCUUCACCACGGGGUAGUCGGCAUCCACGUAAUAAGAGAGCACCUUGUGAACUGUGCAGAUCACUUGUUGUUGUGAAGCCAUGGUGAUGAAGUAUACCACUGUGUGCCUUGUGGCACUGGCUCUGGUUGGCACCUUCUGCGAUGCUCAGUGGGAUCAUUACAAGCCCGCAACAAGAUACCAGAAGCCAGCACCUGCGCCACAGGAGCCCAGCAAACAGAUGCCCCAAAAUGUGCCCCAACAGACAAAGCAGACCUUUGAGACACCACUCACUUGGACAUACCCUGCAGACCCAAAGCCUGAGCCCAAGCCCGAGGUGCCUUUCGAGCUGAGACAACCUGUUCCUGUUGCAACUGUUGCUGUCGAGUGCAGAGAGAAGAUUGCUCAUGUGGAGGUCAAGAAGGACAUGUUUGGAAUUGGCCAGUUCAUCAAUCCCGCUGACCUUAUGCUUGGAAACUGUGGCGUUACCGCAGAGGACAGUGCUGCUCAAGUGUUGAUUUUUGAGGCGGAAUUGCACGACUGUCUCAGCACUUUGCAAUCCACAGAUGAUGCCCUCAUCUACACCUUCACUGUGAACUAUAAUCCCCAACCUGUGGGUGGUGCUCCUGUGGUGAGGACCAGCAAAGCUGCUGUAAUUGUGGAAUGCCACUACCCAAGGAAGCACAAUGUGAGCAGCCUUCCUCUUGACCCCUUGUGGAUCCCAUUCUCUGCGGUUAAGGUGGCAGAGGAAUUCUUAUACUUCACCCUGAAACUUAUGACUGAUGACUGGCAAUAUGAGAGACCUAGCUACCAGUAUUUCCUGGGAGACCUGAUACAUUUCGAGGCUGUUGUCAAGCAGUUCUUCCACGUGCCCCUCCGGGUUUAUGUGGAGAGCUGUGUAGCUACUCUUGCACCUGACGCAUCCUCCAGCCCAAGAUAUUCCUUCAUUGAGUCUGGGUGUUUGCUUGAUGCUAGGCUGACAGGCUCUGACUCCAAGUUCCAGCUUCGCUCUGCAGAGAACAAGCUUCAGUUCCAGAUGGAGGCUUUCAGGUUCCAGGGCGCUGACAGUGGACUGCUCUAUAUUACAUGCCACUUGAAAGCAACAUCUGCUGCCUACGCCAUCGAUAGUGAUCAUAGAGCUUGUUCCUACAUCAAUGGAUGGAGGGAGGCCAGUGGAGCAGAUGCAGCUUGUGGCUCCUGUGAAUCUGCGGGUGCAUCAUCUGGAGUUGCAGCUGGAGUUGGAGCUGGAGCUGGCGCAGCCUGGGGCACUUCUCCAGCAAGGAAGAUCCGUGAGGCCAAGGGCGAAAUUUUCGAAUGGGAAGGUGAAGUCACCCUGGGUCCCAUCCCCAUUGGAGAGAGGGUUAUUGCUUAACUCAAUUUCCUGCCAUGGCUAUGACCAUUAAAAUAAAGUCAUUGGUUCACAACUGUCUUUAUGUUAUUCACUUGCUUCUUGUUAAUAGUUCAGUUUAAACAAAGAAAGUGCCCACAUUUUCUCCACUGAAUGUAAUCAACAUUUGACAUAUUAAAAACACAAUAAAGUGUAUCAACCAGAAGAGAGUGUAGCUUGCUUUACAUUGAUCUCUGUGUAAUGCUAAAUGUUACAUGUGGACCGCAUUUGCCCAGUUCAUGGACUGCAAACCUUUCCAAUGGAUGAUAAUAAAAAUG